AUGGACCAACCACAACGAAUUGUUCGAAAGAAAAGGGACGCCACCGGAGGUGAGGUGACACCGAGUACCCCUAAGAAGGCCCGUACAAGUACGUCCAAGAAAGCAGCCGAGAAGCGUGAACACGCAGACCUUCAGGUCGCUGCGUGGCCACCUUACUUUCAAUGGUUGUUCAAACUAACGCUAACGCCGCCGCCGCCGCCGCUGUUUCAGGUCUUUAAGGCGCUCAAUACGGUACUCGCGUUUUGUUCGUCAAGGAAACACCUUGCGACUACGUUUCCCGGAGUGCGCAAGUCAGUGGAAGGCUUACUGAAACAACCCUUAGAUAUGACAAAAGUUGCGGAGUUGAAGGCGCUUCUUCCCGACUUGGUCAAGUUUGCAUACAUCCCUCAGAACGAACUACGGAUUCACGCGGAUUCCCAACAACCUCGGCGGGAGAGAUCCCCGGACUAUUCGGCAUUCGCUUCAGGUGGAGGCUACAUGUCCUCCGAAGGGUCAUGUUCCCAAGCUGGCUCCGCCGCGGGCGUAUCAGACGUUGAAGUAGGUGGAUACGUGGAUGAAGGUGAACAUGUCCUUGUCCUCGAGUUCAAUGAGAACGUCCGGGGAAAGAAGACGGAGAAUCCAUUUGCCUAUACCUUACCUCCGUCUCUAACACCGGCAGCCAUGAAGAAACUGAUCGAGAAACGUAACGAACGAUUCAAGAACGCCGUCGAGGAAUUGAUGUCUGCCACACCUGAAGGCGAGGAUCCCGUUGUCCUUUUGCAAUCCGCAGCAAGGGACCACAUACCGGUUAACCCGGCCUCCGCGACCAAGAAUACUGAACCAUUUCCUGCUGAUGCUACGGUGGCGGAUGGCGUGCCGGAGUCGAAAGAUCGUCCAAGUAUUGAUUCCGUCCUUACUGAGUUAAGCCUGGAGAGCUGGUACAAGGACCAGAUUGUAGAUCGGCGAACGUUCGCAGAGAAACAGGGUCAAAUAGGGACACUGGAUCCUCCACUAUCAGAAACCAUACUGCAGGCUCUCUGUGACUCGCGUAACAUCACCAGCCUGUACACCCACCAAGCUGACGCUAUCAAUGCUCUCGCACAAAAGAAGCAUGUUAUUGUUUCAACGAGCACCGCGUCUGGGAAGAGUGUGAUAUAUCAGGUCCCUACGUUGCGGUUCUUGGAAGAGGACCCGGACGCGACUGCUAUCUUCGUGUAUCCAACAAAGGCCUUGGCUCAAGAUCAACGCGCGGCGCUAGAACAAUUGCUGGUCGCGUGUCCUGGACUGGAGCACGUUCAGGUCGCCACAUACGACGGCGAUACGUCACAAGAGCAGCGGCGAUGGGUUCGAGAACAUGCCUCUGUCAUCUUUACGAACUUCGACAUGUUGCAUACCUCGAUUCUACCGCACGAGGAGAUGUGGCGACGUUUCCUCAAGAACUUGAAACUCGUUGCUGUAGAUGAAUUGCAUUACUACUCCGCGCUCUUCGGGAGUCACGUCGCUAUGAUCAUAAGGCGUUUACGAAGGAUAUGCGCGGCCGUCGGCAAUCGAUGGACACUUUUCGUCUCCUGCAGCGCCACCAUCACGAAACCAGGCGUACAUAUGAGGAACAUGUUUGGCAUCGAAGAAGUGGAAGAGAUAACCGAAGAUGGAGCCCCAUCUGGCAAGAAAGACUUCAUUAUCUGGGACCCGCCUCCGAUCGAUUCCAUGGAUCCAACCUUAGGCAAGCGGAGCGUACUCACGGAAGCGACGGGCUUGAUGCGAUAUUUGAUGAAGCGAGGUAUCAGGGUGAUCCUUUUCUGCAAAAUACGGAAAAUGUGCGAGUUGGCGAUGAAAACCAUAAGGACGGAGCUCAGUGCCGAAGGAAGACUAGACGUCCUCGACCGGGUAAUGUCGUACCGGGGUGGUUAUUCGCCGCAUGAUCGUCGCAAGAUCGAACGGGAAGCGUUCUCCGGGAAGUUGCUUGGCAUCGUCGCCACAAAUGCGUUGGAAUUAGGGGUCGAUAUCGGCGUACUGGAUUGUGUGAUCAUGCUCGGUUUUCCUCUGAGCCUGGCAAGCUUUCGACAACAAGCAGGUCGUGCUGGGAGAAGAGCUCGAGACUCGCUCGCGGUUCUCGUCGCGGAAGCGUACCCUGUCGAUCAACACUAUGUGAACAACCCGGAUGAUCUCUUUAACAAGCCAACCGGAGAGCUCUUAAUUGACUUAGACAGCAAGGUUAUCUUGGAAGCUCAUCUUCAGUGCGCCAGCUACGAGAUGCCGCUUACCCUGGAGGACAGCAAGUACUUCGGUCCACUCACUGCCGCAGUAUGCGAAGAGCGGCUCGAGAAAGACAAGGACGGUUGGUAUCACCCUCACCCGAAGUUCCUUCCAUUCCCUCCCAGCCACAUUGCUAUUCGUGGUGCGGAAGAGGAGAAAUAUGCCGUAGUUGACGUUACGAAGUCGACGGCGAGGAUAUUGGAAGAAGUGGAGCUAUCCCGCGCUCUCUUCGAGAUCUACGAAGGCGCUGUCUUUAUGCAUCAGGGUCAUACAUUCCUUGUCAAGGAAGUCAGCCACGACUCGAAGUUGGCGAAGCUCGUCCGUGCGGACGUCAAUUGGGUCACCGAACCCAGAGAUUUCACCAACAUUGACGCAGUCAAGACUUACCGUAUUCGGGAGAUCAAGAAUUCGCCUCAGUUCGGAUACUACGGGCGCGUCGAGCUGAAGACGAUCGUGUUUGGCUACUUCAAGAUGCGCAAUCGGACUAUCAUCGAUGCUGUAGAUUUGGACACCCCUCCUUGGGAGAGAGAGACGACCGGAAUGUGGAUCGAUGUGGACAAAGCUGCCGUUGAUCUGAUGAGGAUGAAAGGCAUACAUCCAGCCGAGGCUAUCCACGCUGCUCAGCAUGCUUUCCUUAAUCGGUUCGCUAUGGGUUCCGAUCUGAGGACGGAGUGCAAAGUGCCCGAAAAGGAGUAUAAGGCCCGCGAAUCGUCUAGGAAAAGGCCCGCAAGGCUUAUAUUCUACGACCCUGCCGGAAAAAAUGGCGGCAUUGCGGCAAAGGCAUUCGAUCAUUUGUCUGACACCUUGAGGCGUGCCAUGGAUAGAGUCAACUCCUGCCCCUGCGAAGAAGGGUGUACUGAAUGUGUGGCCAGCGCAUCUUGUAAGGAAGCGAACGCCGUUUCGUCGAAGAUUGGGGCGUUGAUCGUUCUUCGGAGCAUCCUUGGAGUACAUAUCGAUCCCGACGAGAUACCGGCGCAGUUUACCGAGGCAUCUCACGAGACGGUGGUUGAAGCAACCGCGGUGGCUGCUGUGGAGGGCAUCGAGAUAGAGAAGGACUGUUGA